UCAAGCCUCUUCAUGGAAGGGGCAGAUGACCAAUAUUUUGGGAAACCUAUGAGGUCCAUUCCAUACACGAGCUGGCACGGAUGCGAUGUCAGCUCUUCAUACAAUGCCUCGCACUUCUUGCCAAGGUGCAGGCGAAGAACUACAUGCGGCGGUCACAUGCCAUCAUUAUGAGCGACGGCCACAUAGACGAGCAGCUUCUGGAUGCCACAUCACUGGAGUCAAGCAUGGCUAUGCCCGUGUACAAGAUAUACUUCACGGCCAAGGGCAAGCGGAUGUGCUGGCAGCGGGAGACAGAGGGCUGUCGCUCCUCGGCAGUCGAAUGCGACAUCACGUACUGCGACACCGCGGAGGACAGCUGUGAGUGUUUGCAAGUGGGCUUCCGCAACUGCAGCACUGGCAGGCAGCCUACGCAAUUGCAGCUCUACACAGAGACAAUGAAGUUUGCAGAUGGAGACUUUCCAGAUCAUACCUUCUACUGGCGGCAGCUGCGCGUGAAGUACUACGACAACACAGAGUGGGAUGAUAGCGCCCAAGAUCGCGGCAAGGCCUUGGAGUCGAACUUGGCGUGCGAGCAAAGCUGCGAGUGCCAAAGCUCCGGCUACUUCCAUUUCGAGUGGGAUGGAAGCAGAUUGGUGCACGUGGACGAUGGCACAAAGCGAAGUAUUGGCCCGGGCCCAGGGGAGUCAGUGCUGACGGUGCGGCAAUUCAACCAACGCCUCAAGGUGAGCAAGCUGACCACCGAGUUGCAGCGCACCUACAAGGAUCCCACAUCGACAACGAGCACCACCACGACAUUCACAGGAACGCGCACCUCUACAACUGGCACUCGCACCGCCUCUACCACAGCGACCAUACCCAAAACCUCGACCACCGUGACCACAAUUGCCACCACUCCGGAAUCAUCGACCACAGAGCUUGAGGAGGACUCCACCACAGGAGAAGAUGAAGAGGAUGAGGAGGACUGGGACGGAGAGUCGACUGCCGCCCAGAGCACCACCGCAAGCGGAGAUGGAGAUGCCUCUGGAGGCAGUACACGCAGCACCUCAGCCGCUUCAGCGGAGGCAGGUACGACCACCACAGCCGCUUCAGUGGAGGGAGGCACGACUGGUACGACCACUGCCCCGACGUAUGGGGAGGAGGAUUCCACUAGGGCAACCACAAGCACAACACCGUCAUCCGGAUCACAGCAAGGGAGCACCACAGCGGGCGGAGGAGAGGACGCGAGCGGAGACGAUGACGAAGAUGAGGAAGACGAGGAAGAUGAGGAGGACGAGGAAGACGAUGACGAAGAUGAGGAAGAGGAGGGUGAUGGAGGUGCCGAGGGCUCGGAAGAUGGUGGUGUCUCUGCCACAAGGAGCACUACUGCGGCGGGGACCGCAGGAAGCACCACCACUGCCCCAGGAAGCGCCACCACGGCACCAGGAGGCACCACCACUGCCCCAGGAAGCGCCACGGCACCAGGAGGCACCACCACAGCACCAGGAGGCACAACUGCUGCACCAGGAGGCACCACCGCUGCACCAGGAGGCGGCGCCACAACUGCACCAGGCGGCGGCACCACCACUGCGCCCUACGGCACGGAAAGCACCACCACUGCCCCAGGAGGCACUACCUCUGCGCCGGAAACCACCGCUGCGAGUGAUGCGAGUGGCACAGCUGGAGCUUCCACCAGCGGCGGCACUUCGUGGGAGACAACGCUGGCGUUGGAACGCAGCACCACGACCACUACCACGGAGUUUUGCCACUGCUACAUGCAGGUGAGCUGGCGGAAGGAGGCGCCCGGCCUGGCGCCGCUGGCACCGGAUGGCUCGGCGAAGCUCACGCGGGCCGUGCUCGCGGAGCCGGCCACAGAGGCCUUCGGAGGCUGCACAGGCCUCUGCCUGCAGGACACCUUGGCCCAUGCCGCCGCUGUGCAGACACUGAGUGCGGACUAUUGCACCUGCUACACCCACGACACCAGCAACCCCCUCUAUGAGACGGCCACCAGGUACCAGGAGCGUGCGGCGGUGAUCGGCAGCUGGGCCCGGGAGGUGCCGGGCUUCCAGGGCUUCACGAGGAUGCUGAAGCCAACGCGCCAGGUCUAUCCCAUCCAGGCGCACGCGGGCUGUCCCGAAGAUGGCUCCGACUGCUCUGGGUUCUUCAGCCUGGGCUGCGACAAUCAGCCUCCCUUAUCAUGCCCCAACAUCCAUCAGCGCAGUCCCUAUGUGGUGACUCUGCCGCUGGACGUGCGGAAGCAGGACAGCUGGCGCUUGGAUGAGGCGUGGAUCGAAUACCCCGAGACCUCAGCCACGGGGAAAAAUGAAGUCGACUAG